AUGAGGCCUCCAAACUCUUCUUUGUUUGUUAGGAACAUCUCCGAUGAGUCCAGGCCUGAGGAUUUGCGGCGUGAGUUUGGCCGCUAUGGGCCGAUAGUAGAUGUCUACAUCCCACUUGACUUCUAUACACGUCGACCAAGAGGAUUUGCAUACAUUCAAUAUCCUUUCCCAGCGAGUCCAAACUGUCUCCUGCUAACGAGUCACUGUUUUCCUUUCUGCACAGAAAUUGUAAAAGCAUCCACUUGUGGGACCGGCCACAAAGAGUAA